GCAGAAGCAUAUAACGGGAAUAUGUAGCAGGACACCUGCCCACGACAGGCACAGUCGUUAAAAAUUGAUCGCUCAGAACAUGGGACGCUUCAGAUGGGAGCUCUCCAUGUGAUUCAGUGAGUGCCUUUAUCAGCGGCAGCUGCAGUUCCCCUCACAGACACUCACACUGCCUCUCUGAGCACGAGAAACAAGGACGUCCUUCUUUUGCCUGGAAACCAGAGAUGUUAGGAACGAGCAGUUAAAGCCUCGCUCUAUCAUUACUGCUCAACUUUCAUUUCUGAGGAGUUAAUCAGCUUCUCGAGAUAUUUGAAAUCGCCGUGCAGAUCUGGCGACAAAGGACUACUUGAAAAGCUGAACCUGAAUGUAAUAUUUGCUUGAAGAAGGCAGGAAUUAAAAGCCAUCAUCAUGAAUUUUGUUAUGAAGCAAGCGUUGGGAGGGGCGACCAAAGACAUGGGGAAAAUGCUGGGGGGCGAGGAGGAGAAGGACCCUGAUGCUGAGAGAAAGGAGGAAGAAAGACAGGAAGCCCUCAGGCAACAGGAGGAGGAGAGGAAGGCAAAGUAUGCAAGGAUGGAAGCGGAGAGGGAAUCGAUUCGACAGGGCAUCAGGGACAAGUAUGGUAUUAAGAAGAAGGAAGAGAAGGAGGCAGAAGCCCAGGCAGCCAUGGAGCAGGCAUCAGAAGGCAGUCUGACCCGUCCCAAGAAAGCCAUCCCCGCCGGCUGUGGCAAUGAAGAAGAGGAGGAGGAAAGCAUCGUGGACACCGUCAUGAAGUUCCUCCCAGGCCCGCUUCAAGAUAUGUUCAAUAAAAAGUAACAGCGUUCCACGACAAGUCGUGAUAAAACGGGAAACAUUAAUGUCAUGAAAUCCACCUCCUCUUUCCCCGUCCCUUCUCUCGCAUUUGUUCUAAGAUCUCUGGACUCAAAAUGUGCCAUAACAUCUGUCUUUAACUGCAAACCAUGUGACAUUUUCUGAUUAAAAGAAUGAGGAAAAUACGUGUGCACUAGAAAUGUUACAUUGCAUCAGUCUCUGACAAAUUUAAUGCCCCUGAGUCCAGACCUUAGAGCAAGAAUAUUCUCCAUGCUUCAUUAAUUUUGUUUGUAAAUAGCAAAGAAAAAAAAUAUAACUGUAUAUGACUACAGAUAUGCAUAUAUAUCGAUAUAUAUAUCGAUACACCUAUAUAUAUAUAGAUAUAUAUACAUAAAAGAAACAAUGACUAUGAGUAAAAGCCAUAAAUUUAUCUUGGAGACAUUUCUCCAAUCAUAUCAUAUUUUUUGAUUGUUGCUCUGUUAUAGAUAUUACUGAUGAAUCCAUGUGGUAUACUUAUAGAUACAUACUGUAUACAGAUUCAUUUAUCAUCCAUACAGCUCCUGCUGCCAUCAUGAAUUGCCACAUCAUCUGAUUAAUAUGACUGAAAACUGUAAUAUGGAAGAGAACGUUUGAUAUCACACAUGAUCUGGUUGUUUUGUUUUCUUCUAAGCAUGCUAGCAAUUUUUCUUUGUCCUCAGUUCACUGUAUCCCAUUUCAUUUGCCAUUUUUAGCUGAAAUACACUGAAAUUUAAGGCAAUAACUCUGGUUUUGGAUUUUGUUGUCUGACAGACACCAGUGUUAAAUAGCGUGUUGCUCACAUCUGUGUAGAUCUUCCUAUGAAGGUUACGAAACUAUAAGUCCCUCAUUACACUAUCAUGCACAUUCACAUCUCUACUAAACUGGAUUUGAUCGAUUAAAAUGGAAUCACAUGUGCUAACUAGCUGUCGCGAGUGAAACCUUAGCGCUUAGCGCUCAUCUUGAAUUGACUUAUUUGUGCUUUUUACAGUACUUAAGAAUGUGAAGGGUGACAUCGAUCACAUACAACUACAAUUGGAUCAAUAGGGCUAUAUAUAUAAAUAUAUAAUCUCUUCAUCUUCACUGCUGUACAGUAGAAUCUAGUUCGUAGUGUCUACAUUUAUUUACGUUAGCUCUCACAACGCGGUUGUGAGCACACUUUACGUAAACAGACAGUGACAAUGGUGCAAUAUUUGUUUCUGAAUGAAGAUGUCCUGUGUCCGUUGGUUGUAUAUGGGACUCUGAUCCCAGAUCAGCAAUAACAGACAAUCUUCAUGGUUAUGUAUUCAGCUUAUUUGCUAGAGAAUGUUUGUGUGCAAAUGCCGUGUCGUCUUCCUAGUAUCAGUCUAACGAGCUUAGUAAAAAGAAAACUAGAGAAGAAGUUGUUUAGGGUCUCUAAACGAAGCCUGGCUCUUGUUUUAUGAGCUACGAAAGGAUCUGACUUGUGUUUUUAUGCUUGCUUGUUGCUAGUUUAUGUAUGACGUUAUUUCUCGUUGUCGUAACUGCAUUGAAAGAGGGAAAACAGCGGGACUGAAUUCCUCAAUUAUGAGAAAUCAGAUUUGAAAGACGUAAAGUCAGAUUGUGUUUUCCAUCCUUUCUUUUUUUACUAAGAUAAAACGAUAAGCUACACCAUGGUUUGAUAGAGUAUGCUUAUAUUACGUCCGCAAUUAUUGUAAAUAACAACGCAUUCAGGAAAACGUGUUAGUCGCAGAUCAUUGUGUAUGUCUAAACACAGGCAAAUUGUCCGAUUCAGAAAAAUACAACUAGGAAUCAAGCCGCCAUUCUGUUGUUUUGAACAUUCCGAAUAUUCCAGACAUUCCAUUCGAUCCACACUGGCUUGUGUGCAUUUGAAUACUAAAAAAAAUAAUGUUAUUCAGUGUCUCUAGAAAGCAUAUAAGCUGUGCUUUAAAAGUAAAACUCAGUUUAGUUAAUAAAAUAGUGUUGUUUUAUAGCACACGGUCGGUCACAGUGAUGUCAUAGCGUUCUGUCCUGCCACGAACCACAAGAAACAUGGAGUUAAUUAAAUAUAUAUUAAUGUUUAUGAUAUGAAUGUGCUUGCAGAUUAGAAUGGCGUCCGUCAACAGCUAAGCAAACUAGCCAGUUGCUCAGAUGCUAAAUUUCAUAUUAGUGGUCAAUUAACUUGAAUGUUGUCUGAUUUUACUGCCACUUGUGUUUAAGGCCUUUACUCACCAGAAGUGACGAUGUCAACCGUAACACUUUCAGAGAGAUGAGAUUCAGCUAAAAACAUACAGUCGUUUGUGAAAUAUGUGCAACCUUCCAUGCAAAUGACUUAAAACGUCACGUUUCCGCCAUUCAGUGUACAAUCAACAGAGGCCAUUUCUGAACACAAAUUUUGCAGUUACACGAUUUUUCUACAUGACUAUCAACUGCCCUUGAUUCUGCCGAUCUCAUAGUGUGAUCUGUAUGACUUGGUGAAUUUCCAUCAGCUGCACUUAUAAAUAAAUACUGCCCGAAACCCAUCACCCAUUCUGUCAUCACCUGUUUUAUUAAACCAAAGAGUGUUCCUGUUUGUGAGAACGUCUGCCAUUGUUUAUUUUGAAAGUUGUUCUUUUAGGUAGUGUGAUAUGCGAUUACCAUCUUAGCUCUCUGGGCUUUUGGUUUUCUUUUGUGAUUGUCCUUAACAGAUUCCGAACAAAGAAAUGAUCACACAAUUAAAUUUAAAGUCUAAAAACAAUCAGCGAAAUAUUCAUUCAUUGCCUCAACACAUUUUAUAUUCAGUACUGUGUAAGAGUAAAGGAAAAAAUAUUGCAUAGUCAUCAUCAUGUUCUCUAAAUGUAAGUCACGCAUUCAACUCAAAGUCAUUCCGUGUCUCUCAGAUGCUAAUGAAGAUACUGCCUAACACAGUAACAUUAUGAAAUAUUCCAUUGUUGUUAUCUGAAUGUACGUGUCUACUGUUCUACUGCAUCGUCCUGCGCGGUUUCCUCUAUGUUAAAAAGGAUAAAUUAUCUUGGUGUGAUUUUCGUCUGUAAUCUGUUCCUGUUCCUGUCUCUUGGUGGUUGUAUUUUGAAAGAAUUCUGUUUCUUAUUUGGUGCAUUUUUUAAGUCAUUGUAUAUUUUUCUCCCUCUCUCUUUGUUGAUGAAUUGUAUGCAUGCAUAUGAUGUGCACUGUAGGUGAGGUUGUAAAUGAUAUUUCUGUGUGUCCUCUGUGUUUUCUGAGCGCUCCACCUUUAGGCCUCACUGCAUGCCCGUUAUAGACAGAUUUUAGACUGUAACAUUCCUGCCAAAUGGAAUCACCAACACAUGGAUAAUAAAGUGAUUUCAUAUAA